AUACAAAUUGAUAAUAAAAUAUUUAAAUGAAUCUUUAUUCUGUCAUUUUGUACUUUGUAGGCUGUAGUUUCAAAUUGUCCAUACUGAAAAGUAUAUUAUUUUGAACAAUAAUUCAAUCAAACAACAAUACGUCUAUCAUUUGAAAUUAUUUUAUUUUAUGCACGAUCGUGUAUUAAUCAUAUAUCAUGGAUAGUGAGUAUAAAGUUGGAGCAUUGUGCGAAUUGAUUGCAUCUUCUGGAAAUAAAAAGAAAACAAAAAAAGAUAAAAAGAAGAAAAAGAAUAUCGAAGGUCAACUCCAAUCAGAAACAAAUUUAAGUGAUUUGUCUAAAAAUGAAAAUGUAGAAAAAUCAAAGAAGAGAAAAUCAAAGAAAAAUUCUAAUGAAGAAUCAAUAAAAAAAAUUAAAAAUGAUUUGAAUUCUCAAGAAAUUGAGGCUUUUGAUAUAAAACCAGAAAAAAUUAAAAAAACUAAUGGUCAAGAAUCAUUAGUGUCAGUAAACAAUAAAACAAAUCAAAUUAACGAGGACUCAAAUUCAGGUCCUACAAAAGGGUGUCAAACAUCUGAAACUUUUGAAAAAAAAAUUAAAAAGAAGAAAAACAAAAAACCAAAAGAUAAUUCAACAGUACCUAAUGAUAAAACUAGAAAAAUUGAAAAAAAAUCAUCUAAGACUGACAAACCGGAUAUAAAAUCUUCUGAGGAUUAUGCUGAAAAAGAAUCAAGAACUGUGUUUGUUGGCAAUGUUCCAGUUAGUGUUAAAAUGUCAGCAGUAAAAAAAUUAUUCAAACAAUUUGGAGAAGUAGAAACUACUAGAUUAAGAAGUGUAGCUGUCAAAAAUCUUGAAGUGCCUAAACGUGUAUCUAUAAUGAAAGGAGAUUUUCAUCCACAAAGAGAUACUGCUAAUGUGUAUGUACGCUUUAAAACCAUCGAAGAGGCACAAAAAGCAUUGGUUUUAAAUGCCACACAGUUUGAAGGACAUACAAUAAGAGUAGAUAUGGCUUUAAAUUCAAAUCAUAAGCAGAAUAUGAAAAAAGGAAUAUUUAUUGGAAAUCUUCCCUAUAGUAUUCAGGAAGAUGAAAUAUGGGACUAUUUUAAAGAUUGUGGAACAAUAUCAGCUGUGCGUAUUGUGCGUGAUAAUGCAACAGGCGUGAGCAAAGGCUUUGGAUAUGUAGAUUUUGAAACUAAAGAAUCAGUUGAAUUAGCUAUGCAAAUAAAAGGGAAAAAGGUUCAAAAUAGAGAAAUUCGUGUUAAAAGAAUUGAAAACAAUAAAAAUAUAAAUAAGGUGUUCAACAAAAGAUCUUUACCAUUUAAAAGAACCAAACCUAUGGGUAAAAGUGGUCAAAACUUCCAAGGAGAAAUAAUGAAACCGAAAAUGCAUAAAAAGAAACAAAAACCAUCAAAAACUGAUUUAAUGAGAAAGAAGAUUGCUAAAAAAUUAAAUCAUUAAUCUAAUUUAAAUUGACUAAUAAAAUUAAAAAAUUACAAAAGCAUAUUUUUUUAAUUAAAUUUUUUAUUCACUA